UAGUAAAUUCAAUCUUAUGCGAAAACUAUUCAUCCGAUUUUAUUGGUUUAUACGUUAUCUUUCUGCUUAUUAAUUCCUCUUUCAAAAAAUAUAACUUUUACUUUUAGUAUAUUCCCGUUGUUAGUAAUGGAUUUAUAAGCGAGUUAAACACAAGAAAUACACAUUUUAUGUUUUACCACCGCGCAUUUUACCGUGUUUUGGCUAUCGAUCUUUUACAAUAAGCGUACAGCGAAGCGCCGAGGUUAUACAUUUUGAUGUACACACGUCUUUUGUUAAUUAUACUUUUUAUAGUUUCAUUUCUCGGCCAAUUUUGACAAAUUAUAUAUCAUUACAUUAGAAAGCUUAUGUUACGUAGUAAACAGAUAUAAGGUAAAUAACCUUUCAUAUAAUUUUACAUAAUUACCUUUUUGAUAAUAAACAACAAACAAUGAAUGUUUUGACACCCAUUUUAUUUCAAGUAUGCAUGCAAAGCCAAAUAAUAUCGAGAGGGUCCGCUAUAUACGCUGUUUCAUCAUAAAUUUAACACCCUUUCUGUGUUAUAAACAAGAGCUGAAAUCGUUAAUUUAUUAAGAUUCAUUUAUAAUAAGCUUUAUUGAUAUGUCUCAAGAACAAAAUAUUUCAAUAUAUUCCAAAAUAUAAUAAUCAUGGCAAAGGAAAUUCAAUGGCCGGUAUCUACACAAAAGCAUAAUCGCCAAGACCUUAGCCCCCCUUCGGUUCGUUAGGACCGCGCGGUACUUUCUUCCACCUUCAUUCCUUACUUGCUUUCAUUUUUAAACCAUUUUUUUUCUAUCAUAUACAGAAUUCUAUUCUCCUAAGCAAGAUGUUAUUUUUAAAACUGAACUCCAAAUAUAAACACUACAAAUCGGUAUAAAGUACGAACAUGUCAACCGUACAUCUAGAUUCUAAAACUCAAAAACGGUAUGAUAUUUGCAAAAGUUAAAGUUAUAACUCGCCGGGCUGCCGAAAUCAGAAUGAAAACUUAAUAUAUAUUUAUAUAUUUAAAAACUACGUUACGUAAGCUUUCUAAUGAUAUAUAAUUUGUCAAAAUCGGCCUAGAAAUGAAACUAUAAUUUAACAAAAUACAUGAGUGGGUACAUCAAAUGUAUAACCUCGGCGCUUCGAUAAAAGAUCGAUAGUUACGAAACGGUCACGUGACUUAGACACAACAAGAUAUUUGGCGUAACGGUCCCGUUUCUUAUCCGUGUAAUCUAGAGUCCGUGAUUUUAUAUACUUUUUGCCUUACAGUUACCACCGUAACAGAUAUUCAUCACCAGAUCGAUCAAAAUGAGGAUUCUGAUGGUGGUUAGCCUCUGCCUCAAAGUGAUUAAUAACCUUGUAGCUGGGGUGCAGAUUCAUGUGCGCACAUCUGAGGCUGUUGGACCUCUGAGGCAUUUCUGGCAAUCAACAGGAUUCUGCCCGCCACUUCCUCACAUGGAUGCAGCUGCGUUUGAUCUGAGCCAUGACAUGCAGUACAACAUCGCCAUGAUUGGAUCCAUGCCCAGGUCCGGUAUAGAGCAGGUCCGCAUACACUGGCUUCUGGACCUGAUCACAGUGACCAGCCUGCCUCCAUUCAAGCCCCCCAUUUACAACUUCACCAGCCUGGACUCCCUGAUAGAUCUCCUGUAUGCCAAUGGGAUGAGGCCCGGGUUUGAGCUCAUGGGUAACCCGUCGGGUCUGUUCAAGGACUUUGAGGACAAGACCUCCUUGAUGAUGUGGAAGGAUCUUGUCACCCAGACAGCUCAGAGAUAUAUCAAUCAGUAUGGUGUUGGCUGGGUGUCCCAGUGGAACUUUGAGUCGUGGAAUGAACCAGACUGCCGCGACUUUGACAAUGUUAACAUGACUGUUCAAGGGUUCCUUAAUUACUACGACGCUUGCUCUGAGGGUCUGAAAGCCGCCUCCUUGGACCUGAAGUUGGGUGGCCCCGGUGACGGUUGCCAUGGCACCCUGUACUCAGAUGCCCUUCUACAACAUAUUGUGAACGGAACAAACUACUUCACAGGGGAGACAGGCAUUCGGCUUGAUUUCUUGUCAUACCAUAAGAAGGGUGAUGGUUCAUCAUAUAAGAUUCUAGAAGAUGAGAUAAGUCUCAUGGAUUCAAUCUCCAAUAGAUUCCCGACAUUGGCAGACAAACCAUUCUUUAAUGAUGAGGCUGAUCCCUUGGUGGGGUGGUCACAAGAUGAAGAAUGGCGGGCUGAUUCUACAUAUGCUGCCAUUGUUGCCAAGGUGAUAAACCAGCAUCAAAAAGCCUUUAUUUCGAACCCACAACCGAGAAUACACAACUAUCAGUUGCUAAGCAAUGACAAUGCCUUCCUGAGCUGGUUCCCUCACCAGUACACACAGCGGACACUUUUGGCGCGGUUCCAAAUGAACAAUACAAGUCCGCCACACACACACUUCUUUCAGAAACCAGUCUACAAUGUGAUGGCAUUGCUGUCUAUGUUGGGAGAGAUAGAGGUGCAGUCGAAAAUUACAUAUACAAAUGGAGAAGACUUGAACACUCCACUAGGUGUCCUGGCCAGCACGCACACCCCUGUGACUAACCACACUGCUGACAGCUGGCAGACCACUGUCCUGAUGUACAUGAGCAAUGACACAGGUCCCCAGACAGAUAAGGCAUACGUCUACCUUUCAAUGGACAUUGAACCCCCUAGCUGGGCCUCUCAAGAGUUACAUAUGGUGGGCUGGUGGCUAGACAACACCCUGGGAAACUCCUAUAAGCUGUGGGAUCGAGCAGGCAGGCCUCCCUACCCAACUCUGGAACUGCAGCACCAGAUGAGAACCAUCUCUAACUCGCCUCCAAUUUUCAACCAGCCAGUACAACCUGGCAAUCAGUUUAUAGGGAAGUUCUUCAUCAAAGAGCCUGCAGUUGUUGUUGUUCAUGUCUGCUCUAAACCAGAUGCACCUCCUGAUCAGCCCAACAAUGUGAACAUUUUGAAUAUAACCAGUGGACAGAUACUGCUAACUUGGUCCGAUAAGUGCUUGAAUUCAAGGUGUAUAUUGAACUAUGAAGUUGCCUACUCAGUAGAAGAUACAAACUACACCACCAUAGAUCCCGGCUAUGGUUUAGCCUAUUCUACGUCUUUUGUAUACCAACCUACAACUUUACAAGGUGUUGCCCCAGACAACCAAGUUAUUGGCUUCUACAAGGUGCGGGCACUCGACUAUUUUGGACAGUAUAGCGAAUACUCACUGCCACAGCAAUAUCCUUCCUCGGGCAAGGUGAAACUAGGUUACCAUGGAAAUCAUUGUCAAGGACUCUAAGAAGUAUGUGUGGAGGUCACACACCACCAUGUGUCUUGGCUUUUAUAUUCUGUGAUAAUUUAAAUUUCAUAUUGUGUUUGCAAAUAUUAAAGGUAUAAGGUGUGUUAUUAAAGAAAACUGAAAUACA